AAUAAACAAUCAAAUACAAUAAAAUCGGUUUUUAUCAACAAUUUGGCACUUUAUCAAAGUCCAUGGGUUCAUUCGCGUCCGAAUCUCACUGCCGAGUGGUGCCUUCUACAUUUUUGUGAUUUUUUUUUUUGUUGGGUUUUACUUGUUUUUUUGUCUAGUCUUGUGCUGUUAUUUUAGGAGUUUUAAAAAAAUAUAAGUAAUUUCUGCUUGCUUGUGGCCUAAGGAGGAGACUUUGCCUUCGAAAAAAUGCUCACAGGGAAUAUGGAAGGUAUAGGUUUUACCUUGGCCUUGGGCACCUUAAGGGUGCUGGCCUUCAUCUACGACCUGCUCACUUUUCCCGUCUACGUUCUCCUUCAAAGGCCUUGGCAGCAAAGACAGCAGGCUAGGAAAAUCAAGGGUUUUGUUGUAUCAGUCGAAAGUGAUGGUAGUAAGAAAGGCGACGUUGCCAUCGAAAUGAAGGAUUUCACUAAUCGAUUUGUAGACACACCGUCUACGAUCAAUAAUAAUAAUUAUAAGGCUCAACCGAUCACUCAGGACACCAAAAGUAUCACCUACAGGUCGACAAUGCAACCGGGACCUUUGCAUAUCGCCUUGCUCCGGGAAAAAGUCGACACCAUGGUAAAAAUGAUGGAUUUUGUCAGCAAAAAGUACCCGAACAAACGGUGUCUGGGUACCAGAGAGAUUUUAGGCGAGGACGAUGAAACACAAGCGAAUGGGAAAGUUUUUAAAAAGUUCAAUAUGGGGGAAUAUCGUUGGAAAACCUACUCAGAAGUCAAUAUGCUCGCUUCGAAUUUCGGUAAAGGUCUCAGAGAGUUGGGCUGCAAACCCAAAGAAAACGUCGUCAUAUUUGCCGAAACCAGAGCCGAAUGGAUGAUCGCAGCCCAUGGUCUUUUCAAACAGGGAAUUCCUUUGGUCACUAUUUAUGCCACUUUAGGUGAAGAAGCCAUCGCUCACGGUAUCAACCAGACCGAAGUAACCACGGUCGUCACUUCUUACGAACUGAUGCCCAAAUUCAAAAAAGUACUCGCUAUGACUCCAAAAGUAAAAACCCUCAUCUACAUGGAAGAUCAACUCAAACAAUUAGAAAAGACCGGCUACAGAGAGGACAUUCAAAUCAUCAGUUUCACUGAUGUAUUGAAGAAGGGAAAAGUUUCGAGUUGCGAAAACUGCCCACCAACCACAAAUGAUACCGCCAUUAUUAUGUACACGAGUGGUUCAACUGGGGUACCAAAAGGUGUAGUCAUUUUACACAAAAACCUAAUCGCCACCCUUAAAACUUUCUGCGACGCCACUGAUAUUUACGAGCAAGACCUUAUGAUUGGAUUUUUGCCUUUGGCCCACGUAUUUGAAUUGCUAGUAGAAACCGUAUGUCUUUGCGCUGGGGUACCUAUUGGGUACUCAAGCGCUCUUACCAUGAUUGAUUCAUCCAGUAAAAUUAAAAAAGGUACUAAAGGUGACGCUUCAGUUUUGAGGCCUACUUGUAUGACCAGCGUACCACUGAUUUUGGACAGGAUAUCAAAAACAAUUCAAGACAGAGUGAGCAAAAGUAGCGAUUUGAAAAAGUUGAUAUUUAAAUUCUCGUAUGAUUAUAAAUCAAAGUGGAUGAGGAGAGGAUAUGAAACUCCAAUGAUAAACAGAUUAAUCUUUGGUCCAGUCCGUCAAUUGAUGGGCGGCAACAUCCGAUUGGUCAUCUCCGGUGGCGCCCCCUUAUCGCCGGAAACCCACGAACAAAUCAACAACUGCCUUUGCGUCACUAUUUUGCAAGGAUACGGCUUGACUGAGACAACUUCCUGCGCUUGCGUACAAGAUUUCAAUGAUAAAUCUUAUGGCAGAGUGGGCGGUCCUUGCACCAUUUGCGAAAUCAAAAUCAUCAAUUGGGAAGACGGCAAUUACAGGGUGACCGAUAAACCGUAUCCCAGAGGCGAAAUUUUGGUUGGAGGUGAAAAUGUUAGUGCAGGUUACUACAAAAUGCCUGACAAGACUGAUGAGGACUUUUUCGAAGCCGAUGGUAAAAGAUGGUUCAAAACAGGAGACGUUGGUGAAGUACAUGAUGAUGGCGUAGUCACAAUCAUUGAUCGUAAAAAAGAUUUGGUCAAACUUCAAGCGGGCGAAUAUGUAUCAUUGGGUAAAGUCGAAUCGCAACUGAAAACCUGCCCUCUGGUGGACAAUAUUUGCGUUUACGGCGAGUCAAGCAAACAAUACUGUGUCGCUCUGGUGGUACCCAGUCAGCCAAUUUUGAUGGAAUUAGCCGUCAAAAUUGGUUUGGGUGAAAAAACAUUCGAGGAACUAUGUGAAGAUCCCGAAAUGGAAAAGGCUGUGAUGAAUGAAUUGGCUGAACACGGAAAAAGAGGUAAACUAGAAAAAUUCGAAAUUCCUCACGCAGUCAAACUAGUAGCGGAAGUAUGGUCGCCGGACAUGGGCCUGGUCACAGCUGCUUUCAAAUUGAAACGGAAAGACAUCCAAGACAAGUACCAGUGUGAUUUGAGACGAAUGUACGCUUCUUGAGAACAGAGACGGUAUUGGUUUUGUUGAGUCGAGAACGGAGAAACGCGCAAUACAACUUCUGAGAAGAUUUUUUUGGCACAAUACUACCCUAACUUUUUUUUGUCAAAAGCAAUUUUUUAAGCCUAAAACAUGUAGGCCUUAUAUUAGGUUUGGAAACAACUUAUAUACAAGGAUUUUUAUAUUUAUUUUCAUUAAAAUGUAGAAGCUUUUAGCAUAAAAUGUACAAAAAUGUCCUUUUUAAUCUGUAAAAAAAAUGGAUUUGAAUGGAAAUAUUGUCGAUUCAAAAAAAUUGUUAUGUGUUGUUGAAUUUAUUAUUAUUAUUAUUAUUAUUUUUAAACUUUUUGUGAAGACUGUAGCUAAUAGGCGGUUUAUUAUUAUAUAGAAAUAUUUCUAUAUAUUAUAUAAGUUCACUUAUACCAGGUGACAAUGAAACUACUACCCAUGGCGGCAUUUCUUAACGGCUCAAGAUAGAAAUAUGCAACUCGGUUUGAAAAUUGUGAAAAAUUUUAAUAUAAAAACAAUUGAAUGUCUUUUCCGGUUUUACCGGAAAUGGCAGUUUUUAUGUAAUAUACAAACAAAUAGGGAUUACGACAUAUUUUUGAGCCACUCUAUUUCAAAAAGUAUCAAUUUUUGACAUAGGGCAUGUAAGACAAAAGUUAUUUAGAAUUAUACAGAGAGUCCAAAAAAAUAAAAUAUACAGGGUGUCCCAUUUAAAAUAACAAAGUUAAUGGCAUUUCCGGUGAAACCGUAAAAGACAUUCAAUUGUUUUUAUGUUAAAAUUUUUCACAAUUUUCAACCCUAUCAACAAACCGGGUUGCAUAUUUCUAUCUCAAGCCGUUAAGAAAUGUUUCCGUGUGUAGUAGUUUCAUUGUCACCCGGUAUACUGAGGGUACAAAGAAAUACAUAAUUUUUCUUUGGUACACUCUGUAUGCAGCUGUAGUAGAAUAUGUAUUUGAUACAAUUUUAUUUAUUGUCCAGUCCGUGACAAUCGGGCAAGCACUUACAUUACACGGUAAAAAAAAAAUAUAAGGGCAAAAGAAUCUUUAUUUAGGUUUUUGAUAAUUUUUAUUAAUGUAAAUAUAUGUAUUUGCUAUGGUUUUUAUUUUUUAGCAAUUUAUAGUUAAGGAAAUGUAUGUAUUUAUUUGAAAUAAAUAAUUGAUAUUAA